AGCGCCUUCCGGCCCGUCCCCGCCGCACCGCCCGGCGCCUGCCUCACGGGCCGAGGGCGGGACGUGGGGCGGCGGGGGCGCGGCGCGCGGAGCUGAGGCGACGGUGGGACUGCGCGGCGGCCCGGGAGCUCGGCAUGGCUCGCCUCGUGCUGGGUCUAAUAAGCUGUACCUUCUUUCUAGCAGUGAAUGGUCUCUAUUCCUCUAGUGACGAUGUAAUUGAAUUAACUCCAUCAAAUUUCAACCGAGAAGUUAUUCAAAGUGAUAGUCUGUGGCUUGUAGAGUUCUACGCUCCAUGGUGUGGCCACUGCCAGAGGUUAACACCAGAAUGGAAGAAAGUAGCAACUGCGCUAAAAGAUGUUGUAAAAGUUGGCGCAGUUGACGCAGAUAAACACCAGUCCCUAGGAGGUCAAUAUGGUGUUCAGGGAUUUCCUACCAUUAAGAUUUUUGGAUCCAACAAAAACAGACCAGAAGAUUAUCAGGGUGGCAGAACUGGCGAAGCCAUUGUAGAUGCUGCUCUCAGUGCUCUGCGCCAGCUCGUGAAGGAUCGCCUUGGGGGGAGGGGUGGUGGAUAUGGUUCUGGAAAACAAGGUAGAGGUGAGAGUUCGAGUAAGAAGGAUGUAAUUGAGCUGACGGACGACAGCUUCGAUAAGAAUGUCCUUGAUAGUGAAGACGUUUGGAUGGUUGAAUUUUACGCUCCUUGGUGUGGACACUGCAAAAAUCUUGAGCCAGAAUGGGCUGCUGCAGCCACAGAGGUAAAAGAGCAAACCAAAGGAAAAGUGAAGCUUGCGGCUGUGGACGCCACGGUUAACCAGGUUCUAGCCGGCCGAUAUGGGAUUAGGGGAUUUCCUACAAUCAAGAUAUUUCAGAAGGGGGAAUCUCCUGUGGAUUACGAUGGGGGGCGGACACGAUCUGACAUCGUCUCCCGGGCCCUGGAUUUGUUUUCUGACAAUGCCCCACCUCCUGAGCUGCUUGAGAUCAUCGACGAGGACAUCGCUAAGAAGACCUGUGAGGAGCACCAGCUGUGUGUCGUGGCCGUGCUGCCCCACAUCCUGGACACGGGAGCUGCUGGCAGAAACUCGUACUUAGAAGUUCUUCUGAAGUUGGCAGACAAAUACAAAAAGAAAAUGUGGGGGUGGCUGUGGACAGAAGCUGGGGCCCAAUCUGAACUUGAAAAUGCGUUGGGGAUCGGAGGCUUCGGGUACCCUGCCAUGGCAGCCAUCAAUGCACGCAAGAUGAAAUUUGCUCUUCUGAAAGGAUCUUUCAGCGAGCAAGGCAUUAACGAGUUUCUCAGGGAGCUCUCUUUUGGGCGCGGAUCUACAGCACCUGUGGGAGGUGGGGCCUUCCCCACCAUCAGCACCAGAGAGCCUUGGGACGGCAAGGAUGGCGAGCUUCCCGUGGAAGACGACAUUGACCUCAGUGACGUGGAGCUGGACGAUUUGGAAAAGGAUGAGCUGUGAGAGGCUUGGCACAGACUUCAGUUUUCUUUUCUUGGGAGCAGAUUUCCCCAGCAGUGAAGGAACGUUCUUCACGAUCAGAUGAAUCUACCAGUGGCCUUUUUAACCAAGAAGUAGCACUUGAUUGGUCAUUUGAAAACACUGCAACAGUGAACUUUUGCAUCUCAAGAAAACAAUGAAAAAUUCUAUGAAUUGUCGGAGCCGGUGAAUUGGGUUGUAUUCUGUCAAGUAAUAUUUUGGAGAAAACCGAUGGGCUGUUGAAAUAUUUUUCCCUCCCUCUCUCUGACUGCUGCUUGAAUGUUCUUGGAGGCUGUUUCUUAUAUAUAAGUUUUUUAAUGUGAUUCAUUUGAAUAUUGAUGGCUUUUUUCCAUUAAAUAAAAUAAUAUUUUGGACAAUGCCAA